UUAACUCAAAACAUCGCGCAACGAUGAAUGGCGAAGAACAGGCGAUAUACUGUGAGUCGCUGGUGAAGAGAGUGGACAGACUGCUUGAAGACAAAGAUACUCCCUUCGCCGACGUUGUGCAAGGUGUCAUCAAAUGUUUGCAACCUGCGGUUCCGUAUCUAUCUACACGUAAUAUCCAAUUGCUGUGCGCCCAAGUCCUUUCCGGCCGUCUCGAAGACGAUCCAGACGAGGUAGUGGACCUGCUAGGGAAUUACGAGAAUUCGGAAGACGAUGCGGCUUAUAUAGUUUACUCGCUUUUACACCAUCUUGGUCAUGCUUGGCCUAACGCGUUUCGGCGUCUAGAUGACGAAUGGUUAGCGAGACUCAAGACUGUUCUUUUGAAGCGAUCGGGCGAACGAUGUCAUCAAAUGGCAGCGUUACUCAUGUGUGAGAUCUGCGAGACGAGAGAACUCUCAUUGUCGGAUCUUGAAACCUUCGAUGCAUCGUUCCUCAACAAUCUUGCGGAAAUGAUUGAACAAACUGGCAGCGCGGAGAAUGAGGAAGAGAACUACACGUUGGUGAGAGCACUGCUUGCAAUACACGAUCAGUUUGCUCAAAAGAACUUUGCAAGAUCUGUCAUUCCUAAUCGGGUCAUAGAGGUCUUGCAGAAGAGAAUUGACCAAAGCAAAACCCUCUCAGAAAACUUUAUUUUCAUAUUCAAUCGGGAAGAGGACCGAAAGCGGCGCAUUAUAAUGGCUCGUUUUCUGGAAAUCGUCCUAUCAUCGACGAGUGCGCGAAAUUUGUGGUACACAAAUGACCUGGGAAUAAUCUUGGACGUAGUGAUCCGCGAGACAAAUAACGUGGACGCAGAAGAUGAAAUGCUACACCAUAGCUACAUUCGCCUUUUACCGUUGCUUUUACGUCAUCCGAACGUGACCUGGAGCGAACGAAGAAAGCAAGAGGUGGAAAAACAACUUGUUGGAAUCCGUGACGGGCCGUUCGUUAAGUCAUCUACACGGAAAUGCGCAGAAAGAGCGCUGAUGGACAUCUUGCGCCCGUAACAGUUGAAGUUAAAUCUACAAUCUAGGUUGAGACGCUCACUUUAAAUGUCUAAAUAUGCAAAUAUCAAUUUUCAUCCAUAGUUUUGCAAUUGGGG